GCAGCCAGUGAGCGCGGACACACAAUGAUCUGAAGGAGCUCGCAGUUCACCUUAGUGCUCCCUGGGCAUCCACUCUGCAUUGUCACCUCAUUCUGCAAAAGGAUCAGCCAUGCAGUCAUUAUUUAUUAAUUUAUACAGGAUUAUUUAGUGGUAAGAUUUAGCCUCUGCGUGCAGAAGGUUUACAAAUUAUCAGCCUGACCGCUUGCAGUUAGAGUUUCAUACUUUGGAUUAUUUGCUUCUACUUUGGCGGGACAUCAUAUUUAUACAACUGGAGAUAGAGUCCACCUGUUGUGAUACCUGCGACACAUAUAUGACAGGUUGACUACAAACACAUCUGUGAGAGCAUAAUCACUGCAGGAGCAUCCUUAUAACUCAUGAUUACUCUUUUUAUACACACGAGGUCACUGUUGGCACAACUCCAGACACCUACUUAUUUAUCUGAUUGAGCACAUCUUCGUAUUGUAGUUUACCAGUGGAAACCUUCCUUACAUGAUUACAUUAUAUUAGUGGGAGAGUUGUCAGUGGAGCUUUAUUGUCCCCCUGAGACCUUUAGGGUGUGUUGCUGUCUGCCACUAUGGAGAAGGAAAAAAAGAGUGGCUUCCUAAAAUUGGGGAAGUUAUUUACGAAGUCCCGAACAAAUGAACCUCAAAAAGUGGAUAAUGGGGAUACCAAAGAAAUAUACCACCAAAGUCCCAGCAGGCAAGAGGAGGAGCAGGAUGAUGCUGGAGAGAGGAACCUACUAAAGGAACCUUCUUCACCAGUGGAAACGUUAUCCCAGAUGGAACUGUCUCUGCCAGCAGAGGACAACUGGCCUCCAGAAGGCAAGAAAAGGCCCUUUGGGAGCUGGAGACUGAAAAAAAGAAGAAGCUUGACCUCUGUCCCUAUAUCACCACCUUUAUCUCCUGAACCUACUGGUACCAAGAUCAGGUCUUUUGAAAGUGAAGAUGAACACGAUUCACAGCGAUAUUCAAUAUUUCUACAUUCUCCAGAAUAUUCAGAAAUACUUUUGAUCAACCAGAAGGAAUCUCAUCACAUUUUUGAGGAAUAUGAGGAAAAGUCGAAGACACAACCUGCAGAGUCUCCAAAAAAAGACACCACUAGGAAACCAGUCUUGGGGAAAUUUGGAAACUUUUUUAAUUCAUCUAAAAAGAGAUCAAGCAAAGACUCUCCCACCAGUCCCACUGCAGACCGAACAUCACCUUCUGCCAAAACCACCGAGAAAGAACCGUUAAAGGAAAAAAAGAAAGGUCAGACCUCUCUCACAUCUGACAACAAGGUUAACAGCCACCGUACUACCCGUACAAACCCUCCUUCAGAUCAGGUGUCCAAGGCAACAGGCUCACAAGCAGCUCAGCCUAAGGAAAUAGCCAAUGGUAAAAACAACAAUGGUUUAGCUAGUCUGCAUGAAUGCAAUGAAACGGAUACAUCUGUGCUAGAAACCGAAGCACCUCUAGCUGAAGCAGAAAAGUUUACUGAUCACCCACUAGCUGCUGAAACCCCUUCUGUCACUGAUGCAUUUUCAGACACAAGCCAUAAACCUGCUCAAAGUCCCUCAGGCAGAUUGGACAGGCAGAAUAGCACAGAAAAGAAUGUGAGGCAUCUUGCUAAUUCACCUGGCAAGAGACUUUGUGCUGUAGAGGGAGAGCUAGGGAAGGUCAGUACAAGAAAGCUUCAAGCAUUAUCAUCAGAAGUCAGUAUUAACAAAGACGAGCUGCACAGAGCUUCACCAAAGAAAGUUAGCAAAUUUAGCAGCAAAAUUACAGAAUCAAAACUAAGAAUAACAGAUAAACCAGGGCACUCCGUUAAUGCUAGUGAAGCAUCAAAUGGUACAAAAGCAGCUUCAGGAAAGAGCUCAGAGGACCAAGAGAAACUGUCUGCUAGUCCGUCACAGGAGAGUGUUGAUGGUAGACCACCAAGUAGGGGUAGCAUCUCUCCUCGACAUAGUCCCGCAACAAAGGAGAUUUCCUCUGGAUCUCAGCACAACAAAGUGAAAGGCCACACAUCUAGCGAUAACUCAAAGACUCUAGCUUUUGAUAUCUACCUAAGCAAAUCUUCAGGAAGAAACUCUCAAGAGGGUCAAAGUAACGGAGAUUCAAUGGAGAAGGGCAAUAAGCGAUUUAACAGAAAGAGAAGAUCUCUGAAGUCUCAGACCAGUCAGAAUGAGGAAAAAAAGACUGAAAUGGCUGAUCUUGAGGAACCUGCUUUCGGCAACACUUUCACUUUUGAAGAGAUAACUCAAAUGCCAGAUAGUCCAGAGAAUACAGUAAAUCCUGUCCCACUGUCACCUGAGACUAACGGCUUUUCAUCAGCCAACCAAGACUCAAAGGCAGGAGCUAAUCACAAAUUAUCGCCCAAAGGUGAAUCAGACAAAAGUAAACAGCAACACCCAGCGUCCAGCCCUGGAAAGAAAAAAAAGGAAAAUCAGUCUCUCUCCUCCUCUCCAACAACUAACAAGGAACACAUUAAAGAUAUUCUUUUAAAAAACCAACCAGCACUACCUGCCAAUGCAACCGAAGGUAACCAGCUUGUUGUUCCUGUUUCUACAACAAAAGAUGUCUAUGUGGAAAAAGCUUUAGUGGCUGGAUCCUCUGCUGGGAGUGGAGGGGAGUGUGCUGCAGCACUCUCCACUAAUGAGAGCACCACACUGACUGCAGGUGCUGACUUGGACAGCAGGACACAGCAUGAGACCAGUCACACUAAUGGCCAUUUGAAAUACAUAACUACUGACUUAGAGACUGCAAAGCAAAAAAACUCUGCAACUGAAACCUCAAAGUCUCUAAUAACAUCAAAGCUUAAUAUCCCUCCAAAGCCAAAGAAUGUGGAGUUGUCUAUCAAGCCUAAAGGUGCUGACGGCAUAGAAACGGUGCAAGAUCCUACUACGGAGCAACAAAUACACAGAGGAAACACUGCAAACAAAGUUUCCUUGUUUGAAAAUAAAAGGUCAAGUCAUAGAAUUGAUAUUUAUGCGACAAAGAACAUAUCUCAGCCCAAGAAAUUUGUCGAAAGAGCCAAACUUAGUUUUGGCCAGAAAGCAAAGGGAGCUUUUCAAAGGGACCAUAAUCGCUCAAACAGACAGCUAAAUGAGCUUAAAAGUCCUGAUAGCACCAAGCUACAAAAUAUCCAGUUAGACAAGGCAAAAUUGGAAGCAUCACAAGCAGACGUGACCAAUAAGAAAGUUGAGUUUAAAAAGAAACUUGACUUCAGGGGGGCUCUUGUGAACCAGGAGCAGAUGGAAGACUUGAAACAUGAUUUGGAUACAGUGGUAAUUACAUCAAGCAAAGAACAAACAGACUCAUCUUUUCCUUUAAAUGAACAGAAGAGUGACAACAAUCUGAUUGUUAAUGAGGAACCUAGUGGAGAUUUAAAAUCUUUUGUAAGCCAUUUAGGUGAGAAUAUUAUUGCUAAACCCAGCGCAGUCUCUGGAGAUGCAGUGUCUGAUACUAAGACAGAAGAGAAACUGUUGCAUCCUUCCAUAGAUUCUGCUAUUGAUGUAUGUGAGGAUUUAACUACAAAGCAGUCUGUAGAUAUGGGAAAUGCUAAUGCAAAAUAUAUUUUUCGGUCAAAUGAUUUACAGCCAGAACCAUCACAGGAAAACUGUGGUUCAGCAUCUACAUAUUCAGCCCACCUUGUCGUGUCACAAUCUAACACUGAACCUGUUGAGCUUAUAGGAAGUAAUAAGGUGACUGAUAUUGAAAAUGAAACACUAGAUUUACACUCAGAUUUGGCUCUUGCAGAAUCUACUGUUCCUGAAACUAAAAUCAGCAAAGACGAAUCUCCUGUAAUUGAGCCUGUGAACAACACUGACAGAGAUUUGCAAAUAGUAACGACACACGAGCUGCCAGAGUCAGAGCCAACUAUUUCUGAGGAAAUCCGUGAGUCACCAGGAAAUGAAGAGGUGACAAAUAGAGCUUUUGAACAUAAAAAGGAAUUUCCUGAAUCAGAAGAUAAGCUAUGUACUAAGGAAGGUAACCAUGACGAUUCUUUCUUACAGCUAAUUCCUAACGAUGAUAUACAUCAGGUUAACUAUAAAGACAGCAAUAGUGAAUCAGCUCCUGGGUUAGUCAUCGUAGAUGCAAAUACUGUGUCAGACAAGAAAGAGGUAUCAGAUUGCAUUACACAGAGCCCAGGGAUAUCUGUUUCCAGUCAAAGCACAGAUGUAUUUGAAAAUAAAACCGACGAGGAAGAACAUCUACUUUCUAGUGCUGGAUCUUUGAAACCACAAAGGGAGGGGAGCCCCCUUACAAUCCCACCAAAUGUUACUGAGAUUAGUGACACUAUGGAUGAAACGCAUUCUCUCUCGAGUGACCAAGCCCUAGAUUCCAGUGUCACUGAAAAUGCAUCUCAGGAUGAACAUAAAGAACACAUUUGUGUAUCAAAUGUACAGAAGGAAACAAAUGAUGUUUAUGUUUCAGAGGAUGGUGAAAAUGGAGUUGCAUCUCCAGUAGCUGUAACAUAUGAUAUGCUUAGUUUAAAGGCAAAUGAAAGUGACUUGGGCCGAGCAAUUAAACGCAGAGAACAAGAUGAAGAUAUAUUUUAUGAUGCAGCAGAUUAUUCAGAGAAGGAAGCAGUGCCUAGUAUUGACAGUGGCAUUGGGGUAGAAUACACCAAAGAUACAAAUGUUUUAUAUGAAGCUAAUGGGAAACUUAUUCAAGAGGAUGGUCCAGUUGAUACAAUUAAUGAAUUACAAGAAAAAGAUGUGAGUGCUGUCAUUACAGAUCCUUCCCUUGGUUUAGUUCCCUGCGUCCAACAGAAUGGUUCUAUAAAUGUAGACGCUACCCCCCAUAGUAAUGUUAUUGUACACAACAGACAGUCUCUUGAGCAGAAUUUUAGCCCCAUACAAAAUAGAUCAUUGACCUGUUUAAAUGCCUCUGCUGCAAGUGAAGAAGGAACCUUCGAUUCAUCGUCAGAUAUGGAAAGUUUUGCAGAAACAAUCAGGAAGCUGGAGAGCCCCAUUACAAUCCAUCAGAAGAGGAAAAAUGCUAGAGCCCCAAAAUCACCCGGCCCCUAUUGUGGUCUGCCUCCUAUACGUGAAGACUUUUUGGAGAAGAUACUGGAUAAUGACAAUUUUCCAUUUGGUUUAGGUAAAAAAGAGAGAGCAAAAGACCAAUCUCCUAUGUCCUUAUUUAAAAUGCAAAGCAAAGCGACAGCUGAGAAGAUGAAGCCAAAGAGGGUUUCUGCUGAACAAAGUUUGCUUUUGAAAUCUCUGAAAACAACUCGAGAGCCACUUGUAAAACCACAGGAAACAUGUGACAAUAAAGAGAAUGCAGAUGUUACAGAUUUAGCAGUCAAAAGAUCUCGCAUAGAGUCCAUGUACUCUUCACUGAAAUCGCCCUUUGCUGCCAGGUCUGAGGAUAACGUUUUCUCUCCAUCUGUGACUUCCAUAAGCACUAUCACUACCUCUUUUGCAACAAUUAAGGAUUCAACGCCCACAGGGAAAAUCUCUGAUCUCAAAACCACAGACUCUGCAAAUACAGCUCAGAUUCCAGCACUGGAAACAAAAGCAGAUACUACAUGUAAUGAAUAUGUAGCACUUGAGUUUUCAGACAACUCUGUAAAACCAGCAAUUCCUACAUUUCCAAGUAGCAUGGAGGAGUAUUUGAAAGCAAAUAAUCUAACACAAGAUAACAUUCGACUGCCAGAAGUAAAUUUGCCUGAUAUUGUAGAUUCUCCUGGUGGCAAGAGAACUGGUGAAUUUCCUCUUGAAAGUACUCCAAAAUCAAAUUCUGUGAGCAGUGACACUACGGCUAACGACAUUUUUUAUUUUAAAGGUCAUGAACCAAAUUCUGCUCUCUCAGAUCUUGGUCCACAAUUGAGUGCAUUUCCUUUAAAUGGAAAAGAGAAAAUCAACCCUAGACCAGGAAAGCUGGUGAUCUUCUCUGAAGCCAACUGUGAAGGGACAGUCAUUGAAGUCUUUACUGAUGUUGUGGACUGCAGUUCCUGGGAGCUGUCACCCAACAUUUGUAUCAAAACUGUGCGAGGAUGUUGGAUACUUUACGAACACCCUCAUUUUGAGGGCAGAUCUAUCGCUUUGGAGGAGGGUGAUUUGGAGCUCACUAACAUUUGGGGAGAAGAUUCUGAGGAUGAAAACUCUCCCUCGCCAACUGUAAUUGGGUCUCUUAGUCACGUUGUGAAGGAUUAUAGGAUAUGUCAGAUUGAUUUGUUCACCGAACCAGAAGGUUUAGGAAUUAUGACAUCAUAUUUUGAUGACACAGAAGAAUUGCAAGUUUAUGGACGACUUCAGAAGACUUGUUCUAUAAAAGUUCACUGGGGAGUCUGGUUGAUAUAUGAAGAAGCUGAUUUUCAGGGAAUCCCUUAUAUCAUAGAGCCUGGAGAGUAUCCGGACCUUUCAUUUUGGAAUACCCAUGAGGCAUACAUAGGAUCAAUGCGGCCAUUAAAAAUGGGAUGCCGAAAGAUUGAAGUCCCCUAUGAGCCAAAGAUUGUUAUUUUUGAGAAGCCUUUUUUUGAAGGAAGACAUAUUGAGUUUGAGAAUGAAAUGCUGAAACUGGAAGAUUUAGAGUAUGCAGAAGAUGACGGAGAAGAAACAGCACUGCCUUUUACUACAGUUGGAUCUGUGAGAGUUAUUGGUGGCUUAUGGGUUGGCUAUGAAAAGCCGGGCUUUGACGGUCAUCAGUACCUGCUGGAAGAAGGUGAUUACGCAGAGUGGCCUCACUGGGGUGGCUGCAAUGACUUGCUACAGUCAUUACGCCCUGUUUUAGCCGACUUCUCAGCACCUCACAUGACAAUGUUCAGUGAAAGCGACUGCGACGAGAAGGCCCCAAAUAUCAAUGUGUUGGGAAUAAUUGCAAACAUGGACGAGACAGGAUAUGGAGUGCGGACACAGUCCAUUAAUGUGCAAAGUGGAGUAUGGGUGGCUUAUGAACUCCCAGAUUUCACUGGAGCGCAGUAUAUACUAGAGAAAGGGAUAUACUCUAAUUUUAGCGACUGGGGAGGCAAGAAUAGCAAGAUUUCUUCUGUCCAGCCCGUGCUUUUGGACACAGUUGAAAACCCCAGAGGACACACUAAGGUUGAAUUGUUUUCAGAGCCAGAUUUUCAAGGCACCAGUAAAAUAUUUGACGGAGAUACACAGAAUGUUGAGGAUUCAUUUGCAACCAAGUCUUGCAAGGUUAUAUCAGGCAGAUGGGCUAUGUAUGAACAAUGUGAUUUUUCUGGAAAUUUGUAUGUAUUAGAAGAAGGGACCUACCCAAAUUUGUGUGCAAUGGGAUGCCAGCAAGAUACAACUAUACAAUCAUUAAAAACAAUAAAUUAUGAAUUUUCAGAGCCCAGUAUAGUACUUUAUGGAAAGGAAAACUUCAAAGGAAGGAAAAUCAAUAUUACCUCAGAAUCCACAAAUGUACAGUCAAUGGGAUAUUCUCCAGACUUGCUCUCUGUUGAGGUCCUUGGUGGCAUAUGGGUCCUUUAUGAAUGCUGUAACUAUAGAGGUCAUCAGGUAUUCCUCCUACCAGGCAAGGUGGCUCAAUGGCAGAAGUUUUGUGGAUGGAAUAAGAUAGGAUCUUUGCGACCCCUUCAACAGAAACGCCUGUACUUCAAGCUCAGAAACAAGGGCACAAAAAUGUUCAUGUCAACAAAUGGAACUAUGGAUGAUAUAAAGCUGUUAAGGAUACAGGUCAUGGAGGAAACGGGAGUAGAAGAUCAAAUCUGGGUCUAUCAGGAAGGACUUCUAAAAUGCCGGAUUGCUGAGGACUGCAGCCUUGCCACGUCUGGAACGUUAUUUACCGCUGGCAGCAAACUUCGUUUGACCCUAGAACAGACAGGAACCAGCAUGCACUGGAGGUUCAGCCCUGAUGGCAGGAUCCACAGCUGUGCAAAGCCAAGUCUUGUGUUUGACAUCAAAGGAGGGAACCAGUAUGACCAGCAACAUGUUAUUCUGAGCAAUAUGACAGAGGGGAAGCUCACACAGUACUGGGAGAUCUGUGUCUUAUAGGAAAUGACAAUGGUGUACUCACUGCUGCCCUCCACUGGACUUACACAGGAUUGCUGCUAGGAGCACCCAUAAAGGACACUUUCCCGCUGUUCUUACACAAAGUCAGCUAUGUAAUAUGCACUUUUGUGAUGGACUUUUGUUUUGCAAAACUGAUGGAUUCUGUAACACAGCUGGGUGACCUGUUUUAUAUCCUAAAUGACAGUUUUAGUCAUUGAAAUGUCUACAAAAUAAACACCGAGCCUCAUCAGGUCCCUAGAAUGUGUUUAACCUGCUACAAUUUUGCAUACUAGGACUGCAUUGCACAGAAUGUGACGCCAUAACAUGCAUUGCCAUUGGAUGGCCAGUUACAUAGUGCACGUGCCACCUACUGUAAAAGCAUUUCAUGGAAAUGUACCAUAAAUAAUGAAUGCACUGUUCUGCCAUAGGGGGAAAAGUUCAGUAUUUGUAAUCCCUUGAUUGCAAGGGAGAUGAGAGAACCUGAGAGUAUUGAGUAUUCUCUAUCACUACCAGGGCCACAUAAGGUAGAUAGACAUGGACAAUGAGUUAGAUGAGUUAUCUUGGCAGAAGAUAGUCUCAUCUGCUUGGAAUGGUAGGCGGUUGCAUAGCUUUUAAAUGUAAUGAAUAAUCAUGUUGUAUUAUAUCACUGUUUAUGUGGACCUAACCACCUUCUGUAGCAGCAGACGACUGUAUUUAAAUGUUAAGCUUAAUUUUCCUAAGGAACCCUUCUCUCAAUUUUUAAAAUACCAAUUUACUCAAGCCUAUUCAUCUAAGUGCCUUACAAUCUGUUUUCUUAGUUUUUUUGUAAGUGUGACAAGUGCUGAUUCUGACGCAAGUUGUUUAGCAAGUGUGGUGCUUAUUAGUAAACGUACACUGAGUUGUGUUGGCAGAGCCAACCAAAUAUUAUUUAAGAGUCACUGCCCAAGUCACAUGACAAUUCAAUAAUGUAUAGUAAUGCAUGAGAACAUGGUGUGUUUGCAAGGACACAGCCUUUAUUGUGGGAACAUCAUCUCAUAUCUAGAACAGGCAGCACAAGACACACCAGGGAAAACAUACAAAGUUAAAGUUUUACUCUAAUAUAUUUUCAGGGAAAUCAGGACGUCUUUGCUCUAAAACGUAAAACCCCAAUACCACAUAAUAGACUGUGUGAAACUGACAAAGGUUUUACUGAAACAUCUCUGCCAGCAACAUUUCCUGGAGCUGGUUAACACAAUGUGCUGCUUUAUGACUUUAUUUCCAUUUUAUUUGUCAUGUUUUUUUCUAUAUGUAAAAUUUUUGGAUACCAGCUUUUUGGAAAAUAAAUGUGAGAAUCGUAUUUCAUUUUAAAUUGCUGCAUCAUCAUUGACUAAAAUCAUUGAAGUAAUUGUUACAGAUCCACUGAGUGGUACAGAGUAUUAGAAUGUCCUUGUAGAUACUGAUAUCAUGGUGUAACAAAGGUUAAUUUAGUCUAUGUAUGUGACGCAAAUUAUAAUUUGAAUUACACCAGAGGCAGCAUUUCUCCCCCCGUAGCCCAUUAGUGCAACUGUGGUGUUUUGCCCAAUUGUAUGUGAAGAAGACUUGUAGAAAGCUUUUCCACACUAUGCAAUAAUUCAAUUUGCAUGCUACAUUUCUUUUAACUGGGCUUAAUAGGAAAUUCAACUCAAAAUGUUUCUUUCAUGAUUCACACUUUUUAAAAAGUUUCCAAUUUUUACCAUCAAAUCUACUUUGUUCUUUUUUAGGUAUCUUUGUUGAAAAACAGGUAGGUAGGCACAGGAGUGUGAAAGUGUCUGGAGCACUAGAUGGAAGCAGUUUUUCAAGAAUAAUUUUACCAAGUCUAUACAUUUGCAAGACCACUAGAUGGCAGCAGUGUUUGCUGUCAUGUAGUGCUCCGGACUCGAGCACGCUACCUACCUAGGAAUGCUCUUUAAUCAUGAAUUUCUGAAUCAUAAGAGAAAAAUAUGGUUUUAUACACAUUUCAGUGGGGGGGGGGGGGGGAUCCAUUUGGGGCCUACUCCUAUUUUGUUUAACGUAGCUUCAGUGAAAUUAUUAAAGGAGUUUGACAAUGAUUACAUUUGUGCAUGUAUACGCACAUUAAAGGUACAUUACACACUUUAUAUAACAUUUGCAAUUAUGUGUAGUAAAAAUCUUUACAAUAUACUUUCAUUCUUUUAUUUUGUCCCAUUGCCUUCAGUUUAACUGAAAACUUUCCAAUGCCCCAUUCUAUAACGAAACUGAGACCACCAUGUUAUUACUAAAGGGUAGAUUUAUCAAGCAGCGGAUUCUGCAAUCUACCCCCAAAGUUUCUGGUCCGCCUGAAACUUAAGUUAAGAAGCAGUGGACGUAAGAGGUGGCGGACAGCAAUCAUCCCGAUUGGAUAUGAUUGGGAUGAUUGACACCCCCUGCUGUGCACCGGGUGGCAUUGCACAAGCAUUUCACCAGAAAUGCUUGUGCAAUGAUAAUUGCAGACAGCGGAUCAUGUCCGCCUGACAUUUGAUAAAUCUACCCCUUAGUCUGUUCUCUUCCUAUCUCACAUCCCUAUACCAACUCAAGGCCAGUUAGUAAUAGUAAUACAUUAGUUAAUAGAGUAACUGUCUCAUAGGGUUUAAAGUGCCUUUAACAUUGUUACAUUCUACACCACCAUUGUUUGCACACUUUUAUAUAUGUUCUUAAUAUUUUUCAGUAGUUGAAAUAAGAUAAGGGAAGCAUGUUUCAACAUGGUAGUACAUUACUUUGUAUAAACCAAAAAUUCAUGCUUAUUUCUUCAAUGGUUAAACCACUAAUAUCCUUUUGAAAAAUACAUCUAUAUACUGUUCAGUCUAAUCUUUGUUUUGAAUACAUCAUUCUAUAUAGCAUUUAGUAUUAAAUAGUAAGGUCCCUUUAAUAUGAAAGAGCAGCAUAUAAACCUAUUGAUUUUUCAUUCAUAAAGGUGGUGAGAGUCCAUGAGCUAUUACUUCUGAGAAAUACCUCUCCUGACCACUAAGAGAAGGCAAAGGGGCAUAUCUAUCAAGCUCCGUAUGGAGCUUGACGCCCCGUGUUUCUGGUGAGCCUUCAGACUCGCCAGAAACACAAGUUAUGGAGCAGCGGUCUAAAGACCGCUGCUCCAUAACCUGUCCGCCUGCUCUGAGGAAGCGGACAGAGAUCGCCACAAUUCAACCCGAUUGAGACCUCCCUGCUGGCGGCCAAUUGGCCGCGAAUCUGCAGGGGGCGGGGUUGCACCAGCAGCUCACAAGAGCUGCUGGUCCAUGCUGAAUAUGCAUUCAGCGAGGUCUGUCGGAUCAGGUCCGACAGACCUUUAAUAAAUAGGCCUCAACGAUUACCAAAACUCCAAGAGCCUUUAAAACUCCUCCCGCCUUACUGGAAUUAGUAUUAUCUUUGCCUCUUAGAAGUCCAGUAAGGACAAUGAGGGAUUGGUGUAUAAAAUAUACAUGCCAAAAAAUGACUGUAUAGUAAGAAACUGUGGGGUUCAACAAUAAGUUGAUAUAAAUAAAUGUAAUGUUAGAUUAUGCACAUGGUAUACAUUUGUACAUAUAGGAAUACAUGAGUGAUUUUUUCUGAUGAUAUUUGUUUGAAUGCAGAUAAAAAUUGGUCUUGAUAAAGAACCUUCCAGGGACCGAAACGUCGACCUUAUAAGACGAAAUAAAAGUUGAUGACAUAUUGAAAAUUAA